AUGAGCCAGGUGCCGAGGAUGCCCCAGGAGGAGGAGGAGGAGGAGGAAGAUGAGCUUGUUGGGCUCGCGGAUUACGGGGAUGGGGCCGAGUCCUUCUCGGAUGGAGACCCGGAGACCGGCGCCGACGAAGCGUUUCUGGAUUUCAGUGACCCCUUCAGUACUGAAGUUAAGCCAAGAAUCCUACUUAUGGGACUGAGAAGAAGUGGGAAGUCUUCCAUUCAGAAAGUUGUCUUUCACAAAAUGUCUCCAAAUGAAACCCUUUUCUUGGAGAGCACUAACAAGAUCUGCAGAGAAGAUGUUUCCAACAGCUCCUUUGUUAACUUUCAGAUAUGGGACUUUCCUGGGCAAAUUGACUUCUUUGACCCUACGUUUGACUAUGAGAUGAUUUUCAGAGGCACUGGAGCACUGAUAUUUGUCAUAGAUUCUCAGGAUGAUUAUAUGGAGGCCUUGGCUAGGUUGCAUCUCACCGUGACCAGAGCUUAUAAAGUGAAUCCAGACAUCAACUUUGAAAUCUUUAUUCAUAAAGUGGAUGGUUUGUCUGAUGAUCAUAAGAUUGAAACCCAAAGAGACAUUCACCAGAGGGCAAAUGAUGACCUUGCAGAUGCUGGAUUGGAGAAAAUUCACCUCAGCUUUUAUCUGACAAGCAUAUAUGAUCAUUCUAUAUUUGAAGCCUUUAGCAAAGUGGUACAGAAACUGAUUCCACAGCUCCCAACACUGGAAAACCUCCUUAACAUCUUUAUCUCAAAUUCUGGGAUUGAGAAAGCAUUUCUGUUUGAUGUAGUCAGUAAAAUUUAUAUUGCAACGGACAGUACUCCAGUGGAUAUGCAAACUUAUGAGCUCUGCUGUGAUAUGAUAGAUGUUGUUAUCGAUAUUUCUUGUAUCUAUGGGCUCAAAGAAGAUGGCGCGGGAACACCUUAUGACAAAGAAUCAACAGCAAUCAUAAAACUGAACAAUACAACUGUCCUUUAUCUAAAGGAGGUGACAAAAUUCCUUGCUCUUGUUUGCUUUGUAAGAGAAGAAAGCUUUGAGAGAAAAGGACUAAUAGACUACAACUUCCAUUGUUUUCGCAAGGCCAUACAUGAAGUAUUUGAAGUGAGAAUGAAAGUAGUGAGAUCUAGAAAACAUCAGAGCCAGAUGCAAAAAAAUAAAAGAGCCACCCCUAAUGGCACACCUAGAGCACCACUGUAG